AUGGCCUUGCGUGGUCGUGUUGACGAAGCCACCCAUGCCGAGAUCGCAAAAUACAUGGACGAAGAAGUGGAUGGAUAUGCUGAUAUUAUUUACGACAACCCCGAGGUGGCCAUUGAGGACACGGAAGACAAUGAGCUGUUCGAAAGAAACGGAGAGUUGUUUCUCCUCAAGCGCUUCGGCAAUUUCUCUGUCGAGUGGCCAGUCUCGGGGUGUGGGCAAGGCUCCAUCUUCAUGAACUCCGAAGGCUUGCAGCUUCCUCUGCUAUGGAUCGACAAGGAUGGCUAUGCUUACACGUUCAAACCGGGCGAGGCUGACACUGACAAGCCUGGCGAGAUUGAGAAGCCUGGCGACGGCGAGGCUGACAAGCCCAAGUCCGGCUGA